UGCUCGCCGCUGGCCCCCUCCCCUGCGAUGGGGAAUGGGCUGUCGGAGCAGACGCCGAUCCUGUCGAGCCUGCCCGCCUUCCAGUGCUUCCACAUCGUGAUCCUGGGGCUGGACUGCGCCGGCAAGACCACGGUCCUCUACCGGCUGCAGUUCAACGAGUUCGUCAACACCGUCCCCACCAAGGGCUUCAACACGGAGAAGAUCAAGGUGGCGCUGGGCAGCGGCAAGACGGUCACUUUCCACUUCUGGGACGUCGGGGGCCAGGAGAAGCUGCGGCCGCUCUGGAAGUCCUACACGCGCUGCACGGACGGCAUCGUCUUCGUGGUGGACUCGGUGGACGUGGAGCGGAUGGAGGAGGCCAAGACGGAGCUGCACAAAAUCACGCGGAUCUCGGAGAACCAAGGGGUGCCCGUGCUCAUCGUGGCCAACAAGCAGGACUUGCGGCACUCGCUGUCGCUGCCGGAGGUGGAGAAGAUGCUGGCCACCGGCGAGCUGAGCGCUUCCACGCCCUGGCACCUGCAGCCCACCUGUGCCAUCAUCGGGGACGGGCUCAAAGAAGGACUGGAGAAACUGCAUGACAUGAUAAUUAAGCGGAGGAAGAUGCUGAGGCAGCAGAAGAGGAAGAGAUGAGCCGCUGGGGCGGCCAGGGUAGCUCCUUGUCAGCAUUUCACUGAAACAGUUUCCAGCGCCUGGCCUGCUUGUCUGGAUCCUGGACAGCCUCACUGAUGAACAGUCAGCCUGGCGGGAAGCUUUGCAGGCACAGGCCGCUGGUUCCCCCACGAGUUCUUCAGCACUACU